GACAUUUAAUGUUAUUAAAGAAAUAGUAAUACAACACACCACAGCGAAAGAUGUGCUCUGAAGCGUCCCAGAAAUAUAUUCAGCAAGUACCACAAAACAUGUAUGUUGGAAGUAAUGGAUUAAAAUACAACUACAUUACAUCAUCACAGUCAACCAAACAAUCUUUUACAUCAAUUCAGGGGAUUGUAUUAACAUUUUCUGUUCUGCUAUGCAUAUUCAGUUGUCUGUUAACCGUUUCACUAUCUUACAAAUGGCACAUGGAUACUAAUAAUCAAAUUGAUCAACUUGUAGGAACAGUUAAAGAGGUAUUGCGAGAUUUAAAUACAUUUGCUGAUAUAGUAAGAAAUGAACUAGUGGCCAAACAUGUAAACAACAAUAUUAAUAAAGAACACAAAAAUAAAAAUGUCCUAAUCGAUUAUGAUGAUAUUGAUGAAGAUUAUGAACCAGAUCGAUUUAUGGGCAAGGAAUUAUUGGAUAAUAAUUGGCCAGUAAAAAAUCACCAAGCUAACGGAUCACAUAAAUCCAAAAACCGUCAACAACGUAGUGCUGAGAUUGAUGCAACAAAUAUUGUUAAGAACCAAUUAAAUAGUUCUAACAAUGCAAAGACAAAUAUUGAGUUAAUUCAAGAAGGAAAUCAAGAUGAAAAUACUUUAAAACCAUAUAAUCAACGGAAAGCUAAAAAAUUAGGAUCAUUGAGAAAAAAAACUACAAUAGAACCAGAAAAUGAAGAAUCAAUAGAAGACUUCAUAGAAUCAUCAGAGAUAGCAGCAGCUCAUUUUACAAGUGAUUCAUCAAAUUAUACUACAAGAACACAUGCACAUUACCAUGGAAAUGGACGAUUAAAACACCCAGAUGGUGAUUACAAAGAUUGGACUCAAUAUAUUUGGGACACAAAUUUCAACAAUCAAAAAUCUUUAAUAUUAAAAAACGGCAAAGUUGAAGUAUUAAAACCCGGUCUUUAUUUUGUUUAUGCACAAAUAUAUUAUUCUGAUCAACAUGACAUCAAUGGUUACUAUAUUAUGAAAAAUGAUGAAAAGGUACUUGGUUGUACUACGACACGACAUCGUGACACUCAAUCAGAUUCAUGUUACACAGGAGGUUUAAUAUAUUUAGCUUCUAAAGAUUAUUUAUCUAUAAAAGGUUUGGAUAGUGAAAGAUUUAUAAUUUUAAAUUCUACCAAGACUUUUUUUGGUCUUUUUAAAGUAUCAUCAAGAGACAAUAAGAAAUAAUUCAAGCUUGUUUUGAUAAUCAAAAAAUAAUAUAAUUUAAUUUAAUUAACACAUACAUAAAAAAAAAUUAUAUAUAUAAAU